AUGUCUCCCUCUGCCACAGGGUCUCCGUACGUUUGCCUCUCCACACAAUGCGACACGCUGUACCGCAUUGGGUCGCAGCAGCACAACUUUGCUUUCAUCUCCGAGCAGAGCGUGUACACCCGCGCCGCCGAGCAGCUGCGCUUUUUCACGCCGUCGCCAAAGCUGUUGUCGAGCGUCGGAAGGCCUUCCAUUGGCAGCGACAGGGCCGAGCUGUGCAAGAGGGCUGGCAACGACGUAGACCCCUUGCCACCCCAUGUGUACAUGAGCGCGCAGCCACCACAUCCUUUUCCAUCCAUCGAGCGUCUUGAGGCUGCCCAACGAGCUGCACUGAAGCAGGAGGAGGCUCAAGCGAAAGUGCGUCACCGGUCUUCUACCGCAUCGGUAAUGGUAUCGGGUGACUGGGCAGCAACUACAUCGGCGCUGCACGACGUACUUGUCCCCAGCGGAUCUCUAUUGGCACAACGCACCUACCGUUACGACUACGAGGACCGCCGCCGUGAAGUUCGUAUAGGUACCACUGCAGCCGCGCCGCGUCGUGAUACGCUGGAGCAGACAGUCUGUUCAUCACACAAGGACUCGUUACAAACCUCCUCGCCGUUACUUCAGUUGAUUUUCCCCUCAUCAGUGCUGCUCCGUGCGGUGGCGCAGAUGGUGCUCACACUGCAAACCUCCUCCAGCACCUCUGCUGCGCGUUUCGCUCUGGCGCAGUACCGUGGCGCGGAACUGCUUCCAUGGCACACUCGUUUUCAUGAGGUGCAAGAGCCGGCGGCUCCGUCUACCUCACGUCUGUCGCCUGAAGCACUGGUGGUCUCCGUUCUACCGCAGGUUGUGGCAGAUCGGGUUGCUUCUCGCGCGCGAAUGUCCUCUGGCCAACUUAGCAGUCUUCGAUAUGCCUCUAGGGACGACAUGGACACUACUACUCUCUACGCCCUCACCCCUUCUGUUGAUCUCCUCACGAAUAUGGGCCCGCGAGGAGCAAAGCGGGAAAGAGAAGUGACACAGAGAGCUACACAAAAAGGAACAGCGGGUAAUGCAGCCGAAGUGAAUGUUUUGGCGGGAACUAUACUAUGCGAGCGGCUUGCGACCACGACCGAGGCGUCAGCAGCGCAGGCCGUUCCAGUGUGCUACGCCGCCGUCUCUGCUGAUGAAUUUGAAGGAUGGGCGUCAAAGGCUGGAAAGGGGAAUGCGAGCCCGCGGACUUUGCUUUCAACGGCGUACUGCGCCCCAGACACACUCUUGUACGAGGAAGAGUCGACGUGGAUGACGGACGGCGUCUUUCACCCGCUCUUUUCGCUGCCCUUGGCAUUGCCGACAGAUUCCUCUGUCGUUGCUGAUGCCAAUACGCCCAUUAUGGAGCACAACAGCUGCAGCGGAUCGCACACGACGCACCUAACAUUUCUGAAGACCAGCGCAUUUUUGUUUCUUUCGUUUCUCGUGCACCGCAGUUGGUGUGUGCAUGUGCACUCGGCUGUCACACAGGCGAUGGCGGCGCACCAGAGGCCGUCCAAUACUGAGCAACAAACAGGCUCAUCGAGGCUUGUGUUUACAGGGACUCACGUGAUAUGCCUGCCCCCUGUGCACGAAGUACGGCGCUCGACGCAGUACGAGUGGAAGUCGAGGCUAAUUUAUCGUGCUCACGAGAUGCGGACAGCGGGAUGUGCCACAACCGCUGCCGUGCGCCCCCUCGAAAGCAAUGAAGAAGUUCGUGGCGGUGCUCUUGUGGCUAGCACAGCAACGAAAUCCCUGCACUAUAGGCCAGUUGUGUGGCAGCUGGAGAUCCUGGCAGUGAGCCGAAAUGCACAGCUGCAGUGGUGCAUGUGCAACACCACUCUCGCUGCUUGUGUCGGGGCCGGCUUAGCGGUGACUCCUUUGCCACACAAUAUGGACGAAGGCAUCUUGAAUGGGUCUGGGACCCUCAGUGAGCUCCUGGAGCAGCUAUAA